AUGUACGACGGACUUUUACGCGCAUCAAACCCCCAAACAGUGGAUGGAUUUGCCGACUAUCUGAUAGAUGACGCCCUGGCACCAACGCGCCGGUCCUUUGAGAAGAAUGCUCUGUUGAACCGCCGACUUCCGGGCUACCUCAGACAUAAACGCAAAUUGGAAGAGAAACCCCUUAUUGUCACACUGAAAAAUGGAGACGAACCCAUGUGGUUGCCCAACGACGACUUGCGCACAGCGCGAGAGCGCUCUCCCCCUAGGGAAGCCGCGGAGCGGCUUGGGUUUGCGCCCCUAGGGGAGGCCGCGGAGCGGCCAGGGUUUGCGCCCCAGGGGGAGGCCGCGGAGCGGCCCGGGUUUGCGCCCCUGCGAGGGUCCGCUUCGCGGCCCGAGCUUGAGCCCCGGCGAGGGUCCGCUUCGCGGCCCGAGCUUGAGCCCCGGCGAGGGUCCGCUCCGCGGCCCGAGCUUGAGCCCCGGCGAGGGUCCGCUCCGCGGCCCGAGCUUGAGCCCCGGCGAGGGUCCGCUCCGCGGCCCGAGCUUGAGCCACGGCGAGGGUCCGCUCCGCGGCCCGAGCUUGAGUCCCCCCGCAUGGUUGGCCCCACUGUGAGGGGCCAACCAUCGCCCGCCAACGACGACGCCGGAGCCACACCACGAGGCAGGCCAAUGAUGCGAACACCCCCAAUGCCAAGGAUGUCGAUACAUCGUCGUUUUCAACAGCGCCGAGACGCGUUCAACACCUUGAAUCGAUUAAUCUCCGCCGAUCCGUCAAAAUUUGGUGUCGACGAAAAUGGAGGCAUUCUGCUUCAAGGCGGAAAUUCGGUGCGGGACAGUAAUUAUCAGCGAAUCCUCAAUCGCUGGUUGGAAGAGGACCUGUCCAACAAGAGGGGAGAGAAGGCCUUCCGCGAAAAGCUUCUGGCCGAUCCCGCCACCAGGCGGUUUGCCGAGACCCUGCUUCGACUCGACAGUCCUCCCACCGCACUCAAGGCCGGUCAGCGCCGACGUGAACAAGGCGGAAGUGGAUUGUUCAAGAUUCGCAAAUGGUCAUUCCGCAAAAUGCCAAAAGUCUAUUAA